GGCUUGCAGCGCUCGGCGUCCGACCCCUUGCCAUUGCUGUGGCUGUUGCCGGGCCUGGCGGUGACGGGCUGUUUCUAGUGCAGGGUUGCACUCAGGAAGCAUAUGAUUUAGUUCCAACCGAGGCUGAAUGUAGAGAAUGACUGCUAUCAUUUUCGGGGAACCCAAGCUCUAGGUGGAGGCUGGAGUCCCUUCUGGCACCGGAAGCCUCAGCCCAGCUGAGGACUGGAGGUCGCAGGCCGCUGCCACCGGGGUCCACAGCUGCCCACAUCCUUCCCCAGUUGUCUGAGGUGGCCCAGUGGCAGGAUUCUGUCCGGGGAGCGUCCCUCGUGAGGCCUCUGUCCUUCCCACAAGGAAGUGGAGAGAGGAAGAAAGGGAAGCAUGGCACUCUGGCGGGCAUACCAGAGGGCCCUAGCUGCGCACCCGUGGAAAGUCCAGGUCCUGACAGCUGGGUCCCUGAUGGGCCUAGGUGACAUUAUCUCACAGCAGCUCGUGGAGAGGCGGGGUCUGCAGGAACACCAGACAGGCCGUACCUUGACCAUGGUAGCCCUGGGCUGUGGCUUUGUGGGCCCUGUUGUAGGAGGUUGGUACAAGGUUUUGGAUCGGUUCAUCCCUGGUACCACCAAGGUGGAUGCACUUAAGAAGAUGUUAUUGGAUCAGGGGGGUUUUGCCCCAUGUUUUCUGGGCUGCUUCCUCCCACUGGUAGGGACACUCAAUGGACUGUCAGCCCAGGACAAUUGGGCUAAACUACAGCGGGAUUAUCCUGAUGCCCUCAUCACCAACUACUAUCUCUGGCCCGCUGUGCAGCUAGCCAACUUCUACUUGGUCCCCCUGCAUUACAGGUUGGCCAUUGUCCAGUGUGUUGCUGUUGUCUGGAACUCCUACCUGUCCUGGAAAGCGCAUCAGCACUAAAGCUACUUUGCCCUGUCACUCUUACCUUGCAGUGAUGCACCUUGAUCCUGAAAUGGUUAGAUCACCUUCUCAGAGUGGGCACAUCCGUUUCUGUGGGGCAGGCUUGCUGGGGUGGACCUUACUGGGGUUAGCAUUCUGAAAUGGCACAGGCUGCUUCUGAAAUCACCAGAACCAGAUCUGAGAACUGUCAUUAGUUUCAUUGUGUGAAUAUUAGAGAGCAUACUUACAUGAGCCUAGAUGGUAUAAGUCAGCCACUGAUGUGGCGUCCUGAUAUAAAUGAGAUGCAGGUCUGGAAGUGUGGCUUAAGUGGUAGCGUGCCUACCUAGCAAGAGCAAGGCACUGAGUACUACAAAAAAAAGACAGUAAACAAAAGAUAUAUCAGGCUCUGCCAGCGUAACAUGGCUUGUUUCAGAGAAAGCUUUUUCAUAAGUAGUGAUGCACUGUAAUGAUACAGUAAAUACAUUAACCAGUAACAUUGUCAUUUAUUAUCAAGUUGUAUUAUUGUACAUAAUUAAAUAUGCCACACUUUUCUACAACUGGCUUGUAGGCUUGUCUCUGCUAGAAUUACAUGAAUAAUGUAUUGCACUAUGAUGUUACAAUAGCUUCUGUAACUAGAUGGUAAGAAUUUUUCAGCUGUUAUAAUUCUGAAUAUUGUCUGUCAUUAAUUGAAACAUUGCUAUCAUAUUCCUACCACAUAGCACACAUUCCACAAAUAAUUGUUGAACUAUGUGGCCUUUUCAACUUUAUACCCACAUUCCAAGAAAGAGCAUCCAUCCCCAUUUUGCAUAGUUACUCUUACCUUUCUCUAUCCUAGUGCUCUUUGGACCCUCACAAAUUCUUUAUUGAUUUCUCAGUAAAUAUAUUUUAUUAAGUAUGUAAUCUGGAAACUGCAGAUGUCAUGAGUGAGACUAGCAGAAAAUUAUA